AUGAGCGCCCCUUUUUACAGUUACGAUCCGUGUGUUUGCACGGGUAUGCCGUGUGGUGCGUGCUACCCGUAUUCGACAAAGCCAUGUGCAGCCUCAAUUAACGAUCUUGGCAAGUGUUCCGUUUGUCCAGGAGGAGGAUGCUCUCCCUGUCCUGCACCAGUAAGACCUUGUCCCGCACCAUGUCCCGCUCCUCCAGUGUUGCCAUGUCUACCACCAUGCCCACCUUGCGACAAGCCUGCGACACCUGUGCCUAAACCAGACGUAUUCUGCGACAGCGUUGCGAUACCAUUUUGCAGGCCUAACCGUUGCAAGCCGUGCCCUUGCUACUCUUGUAUGGGGCCUGGGACUUGCGCACCGAAACGUUGCAGUCAUCCUGGAGUUCCAGUCUGCUGCGGAUGCUGCGGCCCUUGCAUGCCAAUUUGGUAG